AUGGACGCAUUCUGUGGCGAGUUGAGUCAAAAUUACUGUCUUACCUCGCUGACGUGUGGGGUCGAUCCCUGGUGGGCCGCGCUGGUCAGCGACUAUGUCUACGAAGUGGCGUGUGCGGUAGGGCUGCGUCUCUCCCUCGCAUCUCUCUCUCGUGUUGACGCCGCCGCCCCCUCCCCUUCUCUUCGUUGCCUUCCCUCGCGCCGCCGCCCGCCGAGAAGCAACACGGCCACUACUGCUCCGCGUCGGGCCGAGCUUGCCACCGCCGCCGCUCUCCGCGUCGAACUUGCCACCGCCGCCGCUCUCCCCGUCGUGCUCGUUCCUCACCACCGGCCCUCGGGUUGUGGAGGGGCAACAGGUAGCGGUGGAAGAGGAGAUCGACCACCAACUGCUGCCGCCCGUCCUCCUGCUUCGCCAUCAACGGGAGGAGGACCGGAGCGUGUCCUCAAGUUCGUGCUCCUCCGGGAAGAGGGCAAACCGAGAGCCAGGCAAGUGUGGGAACAAGGAGAUGAGUUUCGUGGAGACGGUGAGCAGAACGGAGACAAGGAUGGCGACUUGAUGCUCCUUGGAGACGUCCUCUGGAGGAUCGUUGGUGCGUGCUCCCCCUGUUACACGGCGCUUAGGAGAAGGAGAGGCAUGGUCUCCAGCAAAAAAAGACGAGGAAGAAGUGAGAUGCUGCUAGCCCCUUGGCCUGCUGCAUCUCCAAUCGGCGCUUGCAACAGGAGAACCACAUCCCUGGCCUCUCCAUGCCCCCCCGAGCGCCAACCUGUAGGCUACAACGACAAGCUUAUUUUGUCGACAUCGCGGUUACAGUUUGCAAUAUUAGACCUACUUGUAUCAAGGGGAAAAUUCUAAUUUCUUUACAGCGGUGUUUGAACAAAAUGGCAUAUUCCGUGGGCUGGAUGAUAGAAGGCCAUUUUGUUGAAGCACUCAAGAGGAGUAAUACUAUUGUGAUGCCAACACAUGCGUCUUCGCCGCCGGCCGUAUGCUGCAUCGGCGACUGGCUGCGGCAGCAGAGGAGCGCAUGUUGCCGCCGGCCAUACGCUGCAUAGGUUGCGGCAGCAGAGGACGCAAGGCCAUCGAGGGCGCAUGACGCGGAGGCAAGCGGGCAGCUGUCCAUGGGACGUCGCCGUGCUAUAUGCUCUGUUGUGUUCGUGCUCGUGAAGUGUCGAGCUAUCCUUUUGGUUUCAGUUAGGUGCUUUCAGUUCAAUUAGGCUACUGUCAGAUAGAGUGCUUUUAGUUUCAGUUAGUUUAAUAUAUAAAAGGGGACUUUUCUGCAAAUAUUGCUGGGGUGUGGAUGGGACUAUGACCAACGUGGCGUCCAAUGUGGCAAUUGCGGACUCGAUUUGUGUACAAGUGAACCCGCAAAACAUGUUUAGUGACUGGUUUGUCUCAAUUUUCAAGUUUUUUUACGAAAUUA